AUGAGAAAACUCGCCAAACUGAAAGUUGAAUCGCGCUUUUCGGUAGCCGACGGCGCCGACUCCCGGCAGCUGCUGACAGUGCGGCUCGGAGCAGUGGCGGGCAGGCAGCGGCAGAGCGGCCGGCGAGCGGCCGGGCGAGUGCUGCUGCCCGCUUUGCUGCUGUGCUUGUGCUGCCGGGCGGCGCCGGAGCGGAUCCGCUACGCCAUCCCCGAGGAGCUGGGCAGAGGCUCGCUGGUGGGGCCGCUGGCGCGGGACCUGGGGCUGAGCCCGGCGGACGUGCCGGCACGCAAGCUGCGGAUAGUCUCUGGUGACGAAAAGCAGUACUUCACUCUCGGGGAAGAUAAUACAAAUCUGCGGGUAAACGAGAGGAUAGACCGAGAGGGCAUCUGCGGGGCUGUGUCGCCCUGUGUCCUCACUUUGGAGGCAGUCGUGGAAAAGCCUUUCAGUAUAUUUCAUGUAAGCGUCACUAUCCAGGAUAUCAACGACAAUCCGCCGCAGUUUGACAGAGAAUUUGUUGCCAUAGAAAUGAUCGAGUCCACGCCUCCUGGGGCCAGGAUCCCGCUGAGCAGUGGCAGAGAUCCCGACAUUGGGGCGAACUCAUUACAGAAUUACCAACUUACCCCCAACCCGCUCUUCUCCCUUGUAGUGAGGGAGAGUCCUGAUGGGACGAAACACGUAGAAUUGGUACUGGAGAAAAGCUUAGAUCGAGAAAAACAGAGCUAUCACCAUUUGAUACUGACGGCGGUGGAUGCCGGGGAUCCAGUCCGAUCCGGGACCGCCCAGAUUAAGAUUAACGUGACCGACGCGAAUGACAACCCGCCGGUGUUCACCAAAGAGAUCUACAAGGUUCGACUGCUGGAAAACCUGCCAGAGGGCUCCAUAGCUUUUCAGGUGAAAGCUACUGACGGCGACGAAGGUACAAAUGCAGAGAUUACCUACUCCUUCAGUGACAUCGCAAACAGUGCUCGCCAGCUCUUCGCUCUGGACUCCAGGACAGGGGACGUGAAGAUAACAGGUCCCUUAGAUCACGAAGAAGGGAAAUAUUACGAAGCGAGUGUUGAAGGCAAGGACGGGGGCGGGCUGAGUGCGCACGCCAAAGUGCACAUAGACAUUCUAGACGUGAACGACAAUGCGCCAACCCUUUCCCUCCUGCCUAUCUUGAACCCGACACCUGAAGACGCGGCCCCGAGCACAGUAGUAGCUCUGAUCAAUGUCCGUGACAGAGAUUCAGGGGAUAACGGAGAAGUGAGCUGCAACAUCGACGGCGAUUUCCCUUUCAGACUAGAACCGGCAUCAGCGAAUGCCUACAAACUGGUAAUAGCCAGUGCCCUAGACAGAGAAAAGGUCUCCGCUUACAAUAUCACCAUCACUGCCGGACCGGGGCGCAGCCCGGCGCUGUCCAGCCGCGCGGCGCUGGGGCUGGAGGGGUCGGACGUGAACGACAACGCGCCGGUGUUCGAGGAGGCCGCCUACAGCGCCUACGUGGCGGAGAACAACGCGGCGGGCGCGGCGGUGGUGCGCGUGCGCGCGCGGGACGCGGACGCGGGCGCCAACGGGCGCGUGAGCUACUGGCUGGCGGGCGGCAGCCCGGCGCUGUCGGCCACGGCCACGCUGCACGUGGUGCUGGCCGAGAGCUUGCAGGAGGCGCUGCCGGAGCUGAGCGACAAAGACGCUGUGUCCGAGCUGACAUCUGAUCUAAACAUCAUUCUUGUAGUGGCGCUCGCUGUCGUGUCCUUGUUAUUCGUUUCGACAGUCAUUUUGAUAUUGUUCUUUAAAUGCCGACGAUCGAGGAGCCCUCCCGUUUUUAUAACUUCUGAUAAGGAACUGUAUUCCAGCCUGGGCUCAAAAGCACCGUACAACUACUGCAGCAGCACGCUGCCCUUGCCCUACUCCUACGAGGUGUGUUUAGCCUCCGAAUCGGGCCAGAAGGACUUCACAUUUCUGAGACCAGGGGCGGCAGCGCUGUCUGACCGUCUCCUGGCCGGGAAACCCGGCUCAGGCACUCAUUCCGGGAAGGACCCUCCCAGCCCAGAGAGCUCGGCACAGCCGGGGAUCGGUGAGAAACCGGCAGAGCUCAACGUCCUCUCCCGGCGCACUGCUCAAUAG